AUUAUUUACGCUUAUGAAACCGUGUAAUCCGAGAAUCAUUUCAUUUUCAAUGAACCCGAUCAAACAGUCGUUUCAGUGAGUCCUUUGUGUCAUUCCACUCGGAUCCAUUCAAUCCGAUUUCUAAACGAUUCGCUCAGAGAGGUGUUGUGAUUGCGAACGAAUUCAUUCUAAAGAUUCGGCUCAAAUGAAUGAUUCACUCAGGAGUCUGGCAUCGCGUUCUUUCGACAGUAUGGAUACUGAUGUUGGGUUUAGGAGAUGUGUUUAAUAAAACUAAUGUUAUAUUUGUGACGUAAAGUGUCAACUAAUGUUGGCGCCAGUCCGGAGCUUAUGUGUGUAUAUGUUUCGUAGUUUGACUGUAAGAAUGAACUCUCCAUAUUUCACCGAUUCAACAUCUGGGUUAGACACUUCUUCAAAUGAUAGGAUGGGGGAAAGUGCUGUAAAUAAAGGAGGAAUCCGUAGAUUGAGAUCCAGAAUGGCUCAAGGGCUCAAAUCAGAAGAUGAUCCUCCAAAAGUGAAAGCAGAAGUACUCGAGCAGAGUAUUUCACUGCAGACGCACGCACAGCCUCCUACAGGUCAGAUGAACUGCACAGAAACUGUGUCAAAUUGCAAAAAGACAACCAUAAAAGUGAAGGAAGAAGCAGUGGAUAAUCAAGCCAUUGUGAUGUCAUCUAGGAAAACAAGGCGGGGCAGUUUAAAGGUGGAGUAUGAAGAGGAAGGGGCAGGGCUUAAGAGGGAACCGUGUGAUUGGAGAACACAGCUGUCAUUUAUCAGGGAGAUGAGGAGCAAACGGAACGCUCCUGUGGACCAAAUGGGAGCGGAAAAAUGCUACGACACAGAGGCCCCACCUGAGGUGCGUCGUUACCACGUGCUGAUCUCUUUAAUGUUGUCCAGUCAAACGAAAGAUCUUGUGACGGCUGGCGCUAUGCAGAGGUUACGUGAGCAUGACCUCAGCGUGGACGCAAUACUCAACAUGGAUGAGGAAACUCUGGGCAAACUCAUCUACCCUGUGGGCUUCUGGAGGACAAAGGUGAAGUACAUCAAGCAGGCCACGGCUCUGAUCCAGCAGGAGUUUGGCGGAGACAUUCCUGACACAUUGGAGGGUCUGAUGCGUCUGCCGGGCGUCGGCCCUAAGAUGGCCCACUUGGCCAUGGACAUCGCCUGGAACCAGGUUUCAGGCAUCGGCGUGGACACCCACGUCCACCGAAUCUCAAACAGGCUCGGAUGGACCAGGAAAAAGACCAAGACACCAGAGGAGACACGGAGAGCUCUCGAGGAGUGGUUACCACGAGAUCUGUGGAGCGAGAUCAACUGGCUGCUGGUUGGUUUCGGGCAGCAGGUGUGUUUACCUGUCGGCCCGCUGUGCUCCGUGUGUUUGAAUCAGCACACCUGUCCCGCCGCACACCAAUCCUCUCCCAGGAAGAGGCUCAAGUCCAGUCCAGCAUCUCCAACACCAAAGGUUAAAGGAAACCUGGGACAUGAGGAGCCCAGAGGAAACCGACAGAAGGGGAAAGCAGGAGCGCCACCAUCAGGACAGACCUCUGUCUUACAUUCAGCUUGAACUGAUUACGUUUGUUAUCAAUAUUGUAACUAAAUGGAAAACGUGUUUUAUAGUACUUUUAGAUUAAAGGACAUUGUUAGAACAGCAUACUACUCUUAUUUCAAAUUUUCCUUCAUAAAAUAUCAUAAAAAUGGCCAAAAUUUGCAUCCCACAAUGCACUGCGGUAAACCUUCUAUUGAGUCAGUUUUCCAUAUAAAUGAUGUGGUUACACUUUAUUUUACAGUGUCCUUGUUACAUGUACUUACCAGUAAAUUAGGCAUAAUUACAUGCAACUAACCCUCAACCAAAACCCUAAUCCUAUAGUAAAAACAUUUUUUUAAUUAAUAUUGCUCUAAUAUUACUAUUAUAUAAUUGCACUGUAACACAGACAUCUUAAACAUCUCAUUGUAACCCAUGAUAUAAAUGCGCAGCACUGCGCAUUAGUAUUCAGUAUAGAACAGCAUAUUAGUGUACUUUUGCAGUGUGUUUAUUAGGUACAAUAUGCAAAUUGUCAAAAGUUCUGAAUAAUUAAUGUUUUUGAAAGAGUCUCUUCUGAUCACUAAGGCAGCAUUAGUUGAUCAAAAAUGCAGUAAAAAAAAAAUUAAAUAGCUGUUUUCUAUGAGAAUAUAGUGAAAUGUAAUUCAUUCCUGUGAUCAAAGCUGAAUUCUUAUAAUCAUCAGUGCUGAUUAGAGUUAAACUGCUUCAUAUUUUUGUGGAAACCAGGAUACAUAUUUUCAGGAUUCUUUAAUGAAUAAAAAAGUUCAAAAGAACAACAUAUUUAAAA